AAGAGUGUGCGCUGUAGCUUCAUUCGUUCGGCGACAAUGGCGGCAGACCUUGAUCAGUUUCAACAGCUUUUAAACACACUCCUUAGCACGGAUAAUGAUGCCAGAACGCAAGCGGAGGAGGCAUACAACAAUCUCCCAGUGGAUAGCAAGGUGACAUUUCUUUUAACCUCUUUGUGCAAUGCCACCCUUACAGAAGAGAUGCGUGCUAUGGCUGCUGUCUUAUUACGUCGACUGUUUUCCUCUGAGUUCAUCGAUUUCUAUCCUAAAAUUCCACCAGAAGCCCAAGUUCAGUUGAAAGAACAAAUUUUAUUAUCUGUUCAAAAUGAACAAACAGAAACUAUUCGACGUAAGGUUUGCGAGGUUGCAGCCGAAGUCGCGCGAAAUUUAAUUGAUGAAGAUGGUAACAACCAGUGGCCAGAAUUUCUGCAGUUCCUAUUCCAAUGUGCAAACAGUCCUGUACCAGCACUGAAAGAAAAUGCUCUUCAAAUGUUCACAUCCGUCCCAGGUGUAUUUGGAAAUCAACAAGCAAAUUAUCUUGAUCUUAUCAAACAAAUGUUGCAACAAUCUGUCAUGGAUACUGCAAAUUACGAGGUCAGAUUUCAAGCAGUAAGAGCAAUUGGAGCUUUUAUCAUUUUGCAUGAUAAAGAAGAAAAUAUACAGAAACAUUUCUCAGAACUACUACCAGCAAUUGUACAAGUAAUUGCUCAGUCAGUAGAGAAACAAGGAGAUGAUGCUCUCUUAAAAGUUUUGAUCGACUUGGCAGAGUCGACGCCCAAGUUUUUGAGAUUACAGUUAGAAACUAUAAUGGAAAUGUGUAUGAACAUAUUUUCUAAUGAAGAUAUGGCUGAUUCAUGGAGACAAUUAGCAUUAGAAGUAUUAGUAACAUUAGCAGAAACUGCUCCUGCCAUGGUACGUAAAGUUGGUGGAAAAUAUAUUGCAUCCUUAGUACCAUUGGUACUGAAAAUGAUGACAGAUAUAGAAGAAGAUGAAAAAUGGAGUUUUUCUGAUGAAAUUGUGGAUGAUGACAAUGACAGUAAUAAUGUCGUUGCCGAAAGUGCUUUGGAUAGAUUAGCAUGUGGUUUAGGAGGUAAAACGAUGUUACCACAAAUUGUACAAAAUAUUCCUUCAAUGUUGAACAAUAGUGACUGGAAGUAUAGGCAUGCUGCUCUUAUGGCGAUAUCAGCUGUUGGUGAAGGUUGCCAUAAACAAAUGGAAGCGAUAUUACCCCAAAUCAUGGACGGAGUUAUACAAUAUUUACAAGAUCCCCACCCUCGUGUAAGAUACGCGGCUUGUAAUGCAGUGGGUCAAAUGUCAACUGAUUUUGCGCCUAUAUUUGAAAAAAAAUUUCAUGAUAAAGUUAUUCCUGGAUUAUUGAUGGUUUUGGAUGAUAAUGCAAAUCCAAGAGUUCAAGCUCAUGCUGGUGCAGCGCUUGUAAACUUCAGUGAAGAUUGUCCAAAAAAUAUAUUAACGCCAUAUUUGGAUGCUAUUAUGGCUAAAUUAGAAUCAAUACUUACCGCUAAAUUUCAAGAAUUGGUUGAGAAAGGCACUAAACUUGUUCUUGAACAAGUCGUUACAACUAUCGCUUCCGUUGCUGACACAUGUGAAGAACAGUUUGUAACAUAUUACGAUAGAUUAAUGCCAUGUUUAAAAUAUAUUAUCCAAAAUGCUAAUCAACAAGAACAUAAAAUGUUGCGUGGUAAAACAAUCGAAUGCGUAAGUCUUAUAGGACUCGCAGUAGGGCCUGAAAAGUUCAUUGCAGAUGCCAGUGAAGUUAUGGAUAUGUUAUUAAAAACUCACUCAGAAGGAGAUCUUCCAGAUGACGAUCCACAAACAAGUUAUCUUAUAUCAGCAUGGGCUCGAAUUUGUAAGAUUCUUGGUAAACAAUUUGAGCAAUAUUUACCUUUGGUAAUGGGUCCAGUUUUACGAACAGCAGCUAUGAAACCUGAAGUUGCUUUGCUGGAUAAUGAAGACAUGGAAGGUAUAGAAGAUGUUGAUUGGGAGUUCAUUUCUCUUGGAGAACAACAGAACUUCGGAAUUAAAACAGCUGGUUUGGAAGAUAAGGCUUCUGCCUGUGAAAUGUUAGUUUGCUAUGCUCGUGAAUUGAAGGAAGGUUUCGCAGAUUAUGCAGAAGAAGUAGUACGGCUAAUGGUUCCUAUGUUGAAGUUUUAUUUUCAUGAUGGUGUUAGAACAGCAGCUGCUGCAAGUUUACCAUAUCUCCUUGACUGUGCAAAAAUUAAAGGUCCACAAUAUCUUGAAGGGAUGUGGGCUUAUAUUUGUCCCGAUCUUUUAAAAGCAAUUGAUACAGAACCCGAAGCUGAAGUUUUGCUGGAAUUGUUAUAUUCAUUGGCCAAGUGUAUAGAAACACUUGGUGCAGGUUGUUUGGGAGCACAACCUAUGGCUGAGCUCUUACGUAUAUUAGAUAAAUUACUUGUUAAACAUUUUGAAAGAGCAGUAGCUAGAUUGGAAAAACGUAAAGAUGAAGAUUAUGAUGAGGUUGUUGAAGAGCAACUUGCUGAUGAAGAUAAUGAAGAUGUAUAUACUCUAAGCAAGAUAACAGACAUUUUACAUGCUUUAUUUACCACUCAUAAAUCUUCAUUCUUUCCUUUCUUUGAUCAAAUUUGUGGACAUUUUGUUAAAUUGUUAAGUCCUGAAAGAUCUUGGUCGGAUCAUCAAUGGGCUUUAUGUGUUUUUGAUGAUGUAAUAGAGUUUGGAGGACCUGAAUGUACAAAAUAUCAAGAAUACUUUUUACGACCAAUGAUACAAUACGUGUCAGAUAAAUCAGCAGAAGUAAGACAGGCAGCAGCUUAUGGUUGUGGGGUUUUGGGGCAGUACGGGGGAGAAGCAUUUGCUCAGGCAUGUGCUGAAGCUUUACCUAGGUUAAUGGAAGUUAUAAACGAUCCAGAAUCUAGGUCGCCUGAAAAUGUAAAUCCAACUGAAAAUGCUAUUUCUGCAGUAACAAAAAUUCUGAAAUAUAACAAUAAAGCAAUCAAUGUUGAUGAAAUACUUCCGCAUUGGCUCUCUUGGCUACCAGUGGUAGAAGACGAAGAUGAAGCACCUUACGUUUAUGGAUAUUUAUGCGAUUUAAUCGAAGCAAAUCACGUAGCAGUUUUAGGACCAAAUAAUGCAAACCUACCUCGGUUAAUAAGUUUUUUUGCAGAAGCACUUUUUAAAGAUGCAGUACCUACAGAUAAUCCUGUCAUGAGCAGAAUUCUUAGUAUCGUUACACAAAUACAGAACAACGAGUCUAUGUUCCAGGCAUGCAUAAAUGCAUUAACAGGAGAUCAACAACAAGCGUUGCAUGAGGCACUUAGUGCACCACCUGCUAAUUAGCCGUUUGCUUUCACUCCUUGAAAUAUAAUACUUUAAUAUAAAAGAAAAAAAAAUACAUUUGCUUUAAUAAAGCUUAUGGAGAAAUCACAGAUUUUAGGUAGCUACAUUAUACCUAUGGAACAUUUUUGCGCCAGCCUAAUUACGAAGAGAGACGUAACUACUGUAUGUAACUACUUGAUAUAACUCACAUAUUUGUUGAUUGUAUUUCAUAAGUAGAUACAAUAGUCAUCCAUUUUUUACUAUUCGGAAUUGUUGCAAAUUAUA